GCGAACCGAGGGUAUAGGAUCUCGUGAUCUUCGUGUUCCUCGCCUUCUUGGAAAGUCGCUGAUCAUGAGAAACGUGUCCAAAACGAAAGAUGGAGUACCUUGAGCGCGGCCAACCGCGCCCAAGAAUAAAUUUAUGAUGACCAUUGACCGCUCGGCGUUCCCUGCGUGCCCCUAUAAGUUCAGCAGCUCUCCUUCACGUCCUCCCUCUCUCCCUCUUCCCCUCUUUUCACGAGACUAGCUUGGCCUCCCAAGUUCUCUUCCUCGGCUUCGCUGGCAUGAUGGAGUUUGGUGGCCUGAGAUCAUCCUUCGACUGCCUUCUCAUCGAUCUCGACGACACCUUGUACUCAUCCUCCCUCGGCAUUGCACAGGCUUGCAAGCGAAACAUCGAAGAGUUUUUGGCUGCAAAAUGCGGGGUCUCAGCAGAGAAAGCCUGCUCCCUCCGCGUUGAGCUCUUCCGCUCCUACGGCAGCUCCCUCGCUGGCCUCAUUGCCCUCGGAUACGAUGUACACCCCGACGAGUAUCACAGUUUCGUGCACGGGUUGUUGCCGUAUGAGCGUAUCUCACCUGAUCCGCAGCUUCGUGAGCUCCUACUCAGCAUUCCCCAGGCCAAAAUCAUGUUUACCAACUCGGAUAGGAAGCAUGUGAAGAGGGUCCUGGAGGGGCUGGGAAUUGAGGAGGAAUGCUUUGACCGAAUCGUGUGCUUCGAGACUCUCAAUCCCCACCUCUUUGAUACGAAGGAAGAGUCCUCCACUCUGCCUCGGCCGCCGGCGACGCCGGAGGUGAUCCUUAAGCCAUCCAUCACCGCCGUGGAGACCGCCGUCCGUCUUGCCGGUUUCGAUCCUCGCCGCGCUCUAUUUCUGGAUGAUAGCGAGAGGAACAUCGCUGCAGGGAAAGCUGUGGGUCUUCGCACCGCGCUGGUUGGGAAGAGAGUGAAGACCAAGGCAGCGGAUUACUCGCUGGAGAGCAUCAUGAACUUGAGCCAAGCAAUACCAGAAAUAUGGGGGGAGAAGGAGAAGAAGAAAGGAACUCUGGAUGACGGGUUGGCUGUGAGGUCUGAAUUGGAUUCCGUGAGAUCAACCACCCCAAUCGAGGCUUAAUCACCAUCACAUCAACAUCAAGUCAGGCAAACCAAAGUGGGGUUGGGUCCCCAUCUCCUUCACUGCCUUGUCGUUGCCUUGUACGCACAUAUUCCGCUUUAUUGCUUUGUUGGCCUGUACAUUUGUCUAGUUUCAAUAAAGUUAAGUGCAUGACUUCUCAAAGGAAAUAAAUAAAGCCAAGCAUAUCUGUAAGUUUGUGUUUGUGUGAGCAAAGCAAUAUAGAGAAGCUGAUUGUG